GAGGCAUGUGUGUGGUACUAGACCUCAGUUCGUUUUCUCUGCCUGGUUAUUUGGUUCCCAGAGAAAGACUUAAUCAAGUUGAGGCAGAAAUCGCGGUGGUGAGAAGUCAAUAUUACUGACAGUCACAGGCUGCUCCCAAUGCGGUUGGCAGUGCAGAUAGGCCUUCUUUUGAUAUUUGGAGUGGUGGUUGUGGUUAUUGUCGUGAUUGUCCAUGAUGUCACAGAGAAAAAUAAAACUACAGGGGACAAUAUGCGGCACCGGGAUAUUUUCCGUGCAACAAAUUUUUCCAGAACAUUCAAUUUAACAUUGGCACUGCCACAAAAUUUUCGGAACACAAUUGUUAAGACUUACGACAGAAGUUUUGAUGGAGAAGUGUACACACCCAAGAGCACAGAAAAACGUGAAGUGCCAAUUGCUGCGUAUUCUGCUAUGCCGUUCCUUGCAGUGGCUGCUUUCAUAGUGUUUCUUUGCCUAAAAGGCACUACUUGGUUUAAAGAGGAUCUCCACGAACCUUACUUUACAGAGGAUACAAAAUCACACUCUAUGCAUAAGGAGAUGGUUAACUGGUUAUCAGAUUCUAAACCAACGAAUACUUUGCCUCCGCCAUACAAAGCCCAUACUAGGUCCAAGCGGAAAGAAAAAACGAAAGUGAAACCCCAGCUCGGGGAAUCACACCUGCUUAUGCAAAUGUUAUUGAAAGCCGAGGAAACAAAUUUUGGUACAAGUAAAGAAGUCAUUUUGACAAGAAAUCUUUUAACUAGAGACGUUGCAGUGGAUACAAGAGACGUUGGUUUAAAUAGUGAAAGUGAUUAUACCGUUUCGUAUAGACAAACGCCUAGGAUCAACCAAAAGCGCAGAUUUCAAGUAGACAAUUUAUUUCCUUGGGUUUCGCCAAACCAUUCCCAUGCAGGUUGUGAGAAUAAUGCAUAUUCCUUACAUAAUUGCAGACAUCACAGGGACCAUCCUCACCAAAAUCACGGAGUGAAACAUCUAAAGCCGAGGCACGCGGACGUAUUUCAUGCCUUUCAGCCUAGUGUAUUCCGUGGUUUACACUGUGGCCACGCGACGCAAACUCUCACUGUACAAGCUGAGUGCCACCCGAUUCCAAACAUACGGACACAUUCUCCGGAAACUGCUGGGCCAAAGGUGUUUUUAUCACAACCGUCACUCACCAGUGACAUCAGUGACAGAAGUCUUAUCCACGACGCACAUUAUUUGUCACCAAACCAACACACAACCUUGCAUUUUAGCAACAAUUCUGAAAACAACCUCUGUGUAGCAAGGAGUGCGGUCGACAGAUACACUUCCCCGGACGAUGGGAAAGAGAGACAUACAUCGCACAACGAUAUUCAAGACAACGAUAGACCUUCCAUACGUUCUUCUGCAUAUUUACCGAUAAAUGUACAUGUACCCCCUGAAGACGUGACGUCUUCCUCGGAGAGCUGUGCCAGCCACACACUUAGCAAUAAUGACGCAGAUAGUGGUUGCUUCACGGAAAAUUUAGCGCGAAAUGAACUUACCAGAAGUUCCAUGGAACCACGAUAAAGUAAUUGAAAGCCUUUGGGGAUUUUAUUUUUGAGGCAAGAACGCGGAACUCCUUACCCUGCGGAUUGUGUGUACACGAGAUAUUUUACGUGAUCGGCCACACAGCUUAUCUGAAAAAAAAAUCGGUUCAUUGCGCAAACAGUACCCCGUUGAGUGACUUUCACUCUCUCGUUUGGUUGUUUUUUCAGCACACGAGGACCGACUAGAAGUCGAUUGGCACUGCCUUAUAGGCCGGGGCUUAAAUAGUUCCAAUUACCAAAAAAUGCCGAUAGUGGAUGACGGUUGAUUUUGAAGUGAAUCUUAAGGUCCUGCCUUCAGUCUUCCUGGGUACUUGGCUUUGUUUCAAAGGACCAAUCACUCAAAAGAAAAAAGCAAUACACCAUAAAAGUACAUUAAUUCAGUUUUUUUCCUAUUAAUACAGAGUGUCAGGUCUAAUAUCUUUGAUAAGAGUGAGCUUACAGGUCUGGGAAAACAGAGGUCAAUAACAUCUUUUCGUUCGAUUUGCGCUUCACGUUUGUAUACAAAAAUAAAGAAACCUCUCAGGGUGGCUAAAGGGAGUCAGUCCCCUCCCCUACACACACACACACACACACACACGUAAACAAACACACCCUAAGAUGGAUCCACCUUUGGGUAAAAAUUCCUAAACCUGAUAUAAAGACUAAAAUUGAACAUUUAUCACGUAUGUCCAGUUUUCAUUUGAGAGCACAAAUUUCACCAGAAAUCGGACUUUGUAACUGAGAGCAUUGAGGUCUAACUUUUAGUAGAGUAAGAGCCGUAUAUUUCAUUACUGUUCCUUAAAAGUAUCAGGUAAAAAGCUGCAGGCUGCAGCAGUAAACAAAUAUGAAUGGCACAUUCUAUAUAAUCAGGUAACCAGAACAAACUAUAUUAGGAGCCUAUGUAAAACACCCCAUGUAUUAGAUCUAUCAAAUACAUUUAGUUUAUACUGCAUCCGGGCGCACAUUUUUAAAGUUAGCAUUUAACAAUUAACCUUGUACAUAGUUUGUGAGUAGUUGAAACGAUAUCAAUAAGUCACCACUGCUCAUGAAAUCUAAUCUAACACAAAACAUAUCUCUACAGACAUUAAAAUAAGCAUAACAACAUGUACGUAUUAUGUUUUCUGUUUUGCAGUAAUAGUUUUUUUUUUCAUGAAAAAGGGGAAUCGGGCCAAUAUUGUACACGAGAUCAGGCAGUAGUGACGACCUGUCAUUUUUUGAAAAAACUCAAAGCAGCAAAAGGAACUAUCAACAACUAAAAUUUUAUAGUAAAAUGAACUAAUAAAAACUACCAAUGCAUGCCUUUCUUGGCAUUUUUCUGAACCGCUUUUCUUGUCAAUUUUUGUAAAAAAAAAAAAAAAAA